AUAUUUUAUGAUUAGACAUCGAUGAGUGAUUUAGUAACAGUUGUUCAUUUUUUAUUUCCUGUGAUGUUUCCAUUGUAAGAAUAAUAUGCAUUUUCUCUGUCUACAAAAUGAAUACAGAAUACUGCCUCUUAGAUGCAACGUAAAUAAAUUAUGACACCAUACCUUCCAUUACAAUAAGUGCCAUAUGAUAACAACUGUGAGUAUGGUGGUAAAAAUUUGGAAAAUAAAAAAAAUAUCCAGAUUUUUAAUUGGCGUUAUAUGUGGAGUUUUAUUUAUCCAAAUCAUAUUACUUGAACUGUUCGAUUCGGAAGUUCCUGAUACUAAUAUGGAGAAAAUAGCAUAUGAUAUUCAGCACAAUGAAAGUUUAAACGUCAAUCUAUUGAACGAUUUCAAUGAAAAAUAUAUCUAUAGAAUAAAUCCUGCCAAAUCAAUGUGUAAAAAUUCCAACUGUGAUUCCUUACAAAUAAUAUUUAUUGUUAAGUCAUAUGUUUUAAAUUUUGGUCAACGAAUAGCUAUACGCCGGACUUGGGGAGGAGUGACAGCACUUCGAUCAAAAACUCUAUUUAUUGUUGGAUACCUUGACGACAUUGACCAUUUGGUUCAACUAGAGUCAACCAAUUAUAAAGAUAUUGUACAGCUAAACCUACCAGAUCUGUAUGAAAAUGUAGUUUAUAAAACUAUUUAUUCUCUUUUAUGGCUAUCACACGUCAAUAUAAAUGCUGAGUUCAUACAUUUUGUUGAUGACGACCGUUUAGUAAAUCCAAUAAACAUAUAUGAUUUAGCAUCAAACAAUAUUGAUUCUGCAGAUUUAGUAAUGGUAGGAUAUAAAUUGGAAUUCUCGAAACCACAUAGGAAUAAAAAUUCAAAAACUUACAUUUCACUAGACGAUUAUCCAUUUUUGUUUUACCCACCAUAUAUAAUAGGAGGAACUAUUUUGACUAAUUUCAAAACUGUACUACUGUUAGCAAGUGCAGUAGCGUUCACUAAGGUCAUUCCAAUAGAAGAUGCAUAUAUCGGAAUAGUAGCUAAGUCGGUCAAUAUCAAACUGAAACAUCAUUUUAGGUUUUUGCCAUAUAAACAGUCGCCUUAUACAUUAUGGAAUACGGCAUCAUCUCCUGGUUAUUCAAAUACGUAUUUCUUACUUCGGGACUGGAAUUUAGUUAGAGCAAUGAACAAUAUGAACAAAGAUCGUUCACAAUUACUUCUAAAUUGACAGUUAAAUAAAAUUUGAUAUAUUUGAUUCCCAAGGCUGCAAAACCUAGUCUUAGAAAAUAGUCUGAAAUGCACAUUGCAAUAAAAUUGAGAAUGGAAAUGGGGAAUAUGUCAAAGAGACAACAACCCGACCAAAGAGCAGAUAACAGCCGAAGGCCAACAAUGGGUCUUCAACGCAGCGAGAAAAACUUGCAUCAAUACAAAUAUAGCCUACAGUGGUUUAAUGCUGGUCAACAAUUUACUUGGCCUUUUCACGUUUUGGAUUCUAGUUUCAGUAUGAGUCUAUUGAAGACGAAAAGUGCGACUGGCGUACAAAAUUAUAAACAUGGUUUCUUUGA